AUGCCCGGCAUCGUGACUUCCCCCGAGCUCCCUCGCAAGCGUACAGGCCCCAAAGGGAACAUCAAGGACCGGCAUUUGCCCGCUGGCUCCAAAGAUCCCAACCUUUACACCCCAACCACCCCUCCCCUGCUCAAAUUAGGGAUCUCACCUGAUGAUGUGCUUGAGAAUGUCAAGGACCUCGCAUACUCGGUAUCACGGCGGGUGGAGCAGAAGCACCCAUAUCUGCAAAGACUGUUAACGUUGUCUGAGCUUAACGACAUUACCUUUCAUGGGCAAUCCGAGAGGAUUGACCGCCUCAAGGAAGAGUUCAUCCUCCGACAACGACCGAGGAUCGAUCUUGAGACGUAUAAACACCACCUCCCGGAGCUGCCAGAAGAAGACUCCGCACAGAUCGCGGCUAUGAAGCAGUUUGCUAUGGACAGCGAGACGGGCGAAUGGAUCCUGGAGGUAAUUUGGGACUUGUUCUUCGAACUCGUCCGCGAGAUAGAUGGCGGAUGUUGGGUUCAGGGUGGAACGGCUUGCGACGGGUUUCCGUUCGGAUUACAGGCAAAUACUGUCCUCAGGCACAAGGUUCCGAAGGUUGAGCGGUUGCGAAACUUGAUCGACGCGAGGGACAAGCUCCUCGAGUGGGUGGAAUUCCUUAACAAUGGUGGGGAUCCUAAGCACCCCCCCGAUGACCUUCGCUGUCGGGAAACCAAGACGGUGCCUCACGUGAUCCGACUUCAGAAAGCGUUAAAGAAAGCCGCCGAUAGGGCAAGAGCAGCGGUAAAAAAGGCGGCCAACGCUAUGAAAGCGCACAAGAGGAAGGCGGACGAGGAACCCGUGGAGCGUAUCCAGAAGAAGGCUAAAGCUGUGACGGAACGUCGGGUGCCACCUCGGAGCAAGGCCGCUAAGGAACCCGCGUCGAAGGCUAAUACAGCCACAACUACGGCGCAACGUCGGGUUUCCAACAAGAAAAGGUAA